UCCUCCUUUUUUCACUUCUGACAUAGACGUUCGUAUCCAUUUGACUUUCAGAUCUCUCAUGAAAGGUGGAUGCCUCUACCACCCUGACCCUCCUCCGUCAAUUAAUGUACUGUCCAAAGUACAACGUCGCUCAUUAUCUCACACACCAUCAAGCUGCUUCAGUAUAAUUCAGUAUCGUUCUAAUUCUGCACAUACAUAAUAUAUCAGAAGAGUAGCGAUCGCAAGUGAGACUGCAUUGCUCAAGCUGAUAUACCUAUGGCUACUACUCACUGCAGAUUGUUUUGGUGUUUGCUCCUCCUUUUGCUCCUCUCCAGCUCUGUUUCUUCUCAAACCAUUGUCAAGACCUUGCCUGGUUUUGAAGGGAGCCUUCCUUUCUAUCUUGAGACUGGGUACAUUGGGGUAGGGGAACAGGAUGAGAUUCAGUUGUUUUAUUACUUCUUCAAAUCAGAGAGGAAGCCAGAUGAGGACCCUCUUGUGCUCUGGCUCCCCACAGACCCUGGUUGCUCUGCUCUCUCUUCUAUCCUGUACGAGAAUGGUCCAAUUCGUUUCAAUUACAAGAAUUCAAGCAUUCAAGACAAGCCAGUUUUAGAGUUGAAUAUUUACUCUUGGACUAAGGUUGCCAAUGUAAUUUUCCUGGAUGCUCCCGUUGGCACUGGGUUUUCUUACUCAACAGUUUCCUCAGGAUACAACACCACUGACACGAAAACUGUCUCAAACAUUUAUGAGUUUAUCAGAAAGUGGCUCGUAGCGCAUCCUGAGUUUCUGGAAAAUCAACUUGUAAUUGGUGGAGAAUCUUAUUCUGGCAUCAUUGCUCCAGCUCUUGUCAAUAAAAUUUUAAAGGGUAAUGCAGCUAAAGACUAUCCCGGAUUAAAUAUCCAAACUUUGGUUGUGGGAAACCCAUUCACUGAUGUGUAUUAUGAUAUAAAUUCAAGAGUUAAGUAUGCUCACAGAGUUGCACUUCUAUCAGACGACCUCUAUGAGCAAGCUGAAUUUAAUUGUCAUGGAGAAUAUCUGCACCCGAACAAAAGUAAUACUGCUUGUGUUGAGGAUCUUGAGAUGAUUCAUCGGUGCUUGGUAGAUCUGAAUGCUGCGAUGAUACUGGAAAACAAAUGUGCAGCUUUCUCUCCAAGAACACAGAAUCUCCGGUGGGAUUUAGGCUCUCUUGGACUUAAUCUCACUGAUUCAGUCUUCUUAGAGGCCAAUCCCAUCACUUACUCCAGAUAUUGCAGAAACUACAACUAUUUGUUCGCGUACCUGUGGGCAAAUGACGAAGCAGUACAGGAAGCUCUGAACGUUAGAAAUGGAACUAUAAAACAUUGGGAGAGAUGCAAUAAGAGCAUAGCUUACACUUAUGACAUAAAAAGUAGCCUUCACUAUUACAAGAGCUUCUUCAAUGCAAAGCUUCUUCGUGUUCUGGUUUACAGUGGAGAUCAUGAUCUGAUCAUCCCGCAUGUGGGCACAGAGGAAUGGAUUGCAAGUUUGAACAUGACUAUAUCUGCUGAUGAUGAGUGGAGGCCUUGGUAUGUUGAUGGGCAAGUUGCAGGAUAUACAGAGAUAUACAAGAAAGACAAGUUCAGCAUAACAUAUGCAACAGUCAAGGGAGCGGGACAUACAGCUCCAGAGUACAAGCCAAAGCAGUGCUAUAAUAUGAUUGGGAGGUAUCUUGCUUAUUUCUUUCUUUAAGGGACCAGCCAAAUGUGCUCGGUCCAGUGAGCCACCCCAAUAAAUGGAACACUCUUUGUUAUUUGGCUUUCCUCUGUGUUUCCAAUUUGUAAGUGAUAAUUUGAGGACCCUAGGGCUCAACUAGAUCCAUCAACAUUUCGUUAGCAAUUAGCUCUGGAUUAUUUUUUGCAGAAUGGAUUUAUCAUUUUUACUUU